AUGACAUCAAGUCAUAAAUUAGCUUUAGGACUUCCUACUAAAUUAGCUCCAUAUCGAUCUGACACAGUUUACCCGGCAAUGAUAGCUACUACGCUAUCCCAAUAUGAAUAUGUUCUUAUAUGUGAUAAAUCCAACAUCCGAGUGUCUGGAUCACCACAGCCACCAUGUAAUCCCACAUUACUAAAAAACCUCACAAUCGCACCAAAACAUAUAUCUAUAAUCUUUUCUCCCGAAGCAGGUGGAAAUUGUGUGUACAGGAUGGUAGAAAUUGAGGUGCACCAGGGCCAGGAGGAGUGGUUAAAAGUAAAGGACAAAAUUUUAGAAACAUUCUUAAAGCAUCAACACAAUUACUACCAAAGAAGAAUGGAGCAUAUACAUAUGCCUGCAUCCUCUAACCCACUUAUCUGCAGUCUCCAAGACAAGCUCUCACCUCUCCCCCAGCUACAUUGGUUCGAUACAUUCGACCAUCCUCAACUUGCAGCCGAUACAUUUAACAGAACAGUGGCUGUAUAUUGUAAUACUCCAAUUGAAACAGGCGCUUGUUUUUUUGUUCCAUUAGCUUCCUUGCCAGAAAAAGUGGAGCCGAUAAGUAUUAUUUUAGAUGUAAACCACUUUCUUCUUGCCAAGCGCAAAAACACUCGAAAUUUCUGCUGGCCAAACAUCAACCCCUUUCAUAAAAGAAUAAUUCAAAAACAUGGCCUUGAGGGUUAUUCUUUGAUGUACUAA